AUGAGUCGAUCUCACUCUGCGCCCCCUGCCUAUGGCAACAAGUCCACCGCUGAUAUCGAAGCGGAAUUAAGGUCACAUUUUGCUGUGCAACAUCAUAAAUUUACAUUUGAAGGACUACUCGGUCGCGGUGCCUUCGGCCUCACCUUCUGUCUCGUCGAAAAGCUCUCGCAGAAUAGGACUCGACGUCUUGUGGUGAAGCGAUCUCUAAAACCCCGGGGAGAAGACGAUCUAAGAAAUGAAAUAGAAUGGCUAAAAACUCUUCGCGGAGCUGAGCAUGUUGUGGGGAUACUGGCAUCUCGCGACGAGCCUCACCCAACGACCUUUUUCAGACGCGAUAGAAAGCGUUUAUUGAGAAGGCGGUCUGCUUUAGAAGAAUCGUUAGAAGGAUUCACCGGUCCAAUAGUGGUAAUCGAGUACUUAGAAAAUGGAGAUCUAGCACGGCUAUAUAAAAGACUGGUUAAUCGUGACCAAUUACUACCCAACAGAGUAAUAUGGUCCUUUUUUCUCUGUUUAACAAGAGCUUGUGUUGCCCUCGCGUACCCUCCGAACGGCGGCGAAGAUGGUCCAGACCAGUUGGAGACGAUCCCUGGAGAUGACACACAACCGAGCAAGAUUGAACAUGCCGAUUUGAGUGCAGCAAACAUUAUGAUAGGUAACGCUGGUGGUGGAUUUCCGGAGCACGACUUAGUUCCGCCGCUAAAGUUCAUCGACUUCGGACGAACAAGAGAGGGAUUCAAGGGCGUCCCCGAUAACGUUCGAGCAGUAAUUAGGAUUAUGGUUAACCUAAUUGCAAGACAACAAGUGAGAAUAUCGGCCUGGAUCACAGAAUACCAGGGGUUCGAGACAAGAGCAACAGAGUUCUUACACCAUGGAAAUGGUGCGAAAUACCCUACGCUCGACGACGAUAUUCGAGAUUUCCUAGCCAGAUGCUUAGCAUACGAGGAAUCAGACAGGAUGAGCUUGCGAGAUAUGCUGAGAAUAGCUGAAAAUGCCGUACAGACCAAAACAGCCGCAGUAUUCCCGGGCGAUAGGGGUGAGACCGAUGAGGCGAUUAGAGACUUGAUACAAGAAUUUAUAUAUAAUGCAGAUGCAGAUAUAUAG